GAGACCAGCGCCAGUUAAAACCCCCAACGUUCCCCCAAGUUCCCCUCGGCUAGUAGUGGCGACGGACGGACGGUGGUGCGGGCGGUUGGAGUUGACGACACGCACGAGCAGUAUCGUCACCACUAGCGCCGACGACGAUGGCAGAGGUGGCGGCCAAGCGAGGCAGCGACAAGCCGACCGCGAUCAUGAAGGGGGUAUUCGAAGCCCGGAAAAACGCGGGCACAGAAAACACCAACCGAAUAGCAGAGCUGCUCGAACAAGAGCUGAACGGGAUGUCGGCUGACCAGAUCGCCAAGAUGGUGCAGAAGCAGAACCACGGGUUUGUCAUUUCGCUCAACUCCAAGUUCAAACUGUGGUGGGAUGUGGCCGUGGCCUUUCUCACCGUGUACGUGGUGAUCGUGACCCCCGUCCAAGUCGGGUUUGGGCUCAAAGACUACCAGACGCUGGACAACAUCCAGGUAUUUGUGGACGCCAUGUUCAUUGUCGAGCUGGUGCUGACAUUCCGUACGUCAUACAUUGACUCUGCGACACGGGAAGAGAUCAACGACGCCGCCCUGAUCCGGCGGCAUUACAUGUACGGGUGGUUCGUCCCCGAUGCCGCCAGCAGCUACCCCGUGUCGUGGUUCAACACGCACGACCAAAAUAGUUCGGUGCAAGCGCUCAAGUUUCUCCGCAUUCUCAAGAUCUUUCGCGUGUUUCACUUGUCCAAGUCGCCGCUGUUUGUCAGCUUGACAGCGUAUGUGUCUCGCAAGAUGAACCCUGCGAUGCUGCGCAUGCUGAAACUGCUGCUCAUCUUCCUGCUGUGCCAGCACUUUAUCGCAUGCAUGUAUUUUUUUGUCGUGUCGUACGAAGGCAUUUCCGACGACACGUGGCAGCCACCGUUCAAUUUGGACACGACCGACCUCAGCGACAAAUACGUCGGGUGCUUCUACUUUGCGAUCAUGGUCACUACCGCCAACGAUCUGCAGCCCAAGACCACGCUCGAGCGCAUCUUCACUGGGCUCAUGCUGCUGCUGGGGAUCGCCAUCAAUGCCACAAUCAUCGGUUCCGCGGCCAACUUGCUUGCCAACCUAGACAAGACCGAAGUGGCCCGCAAGGAGCACUUGGACGCCAUCAACGACUACCUUCGCUUCAAAAAGGUGCCAUUGAUACUCCAAGACAAGAUCCGACACUACUACGAUUACGUGUGGACAGUUCGGCCAAGUGAACAGUCGAGCCAGCUGUUUGUGGAUUUGCCCGAUCGACUCAAAUUGCAGCUGACGUUAUCACUUCAUCGUGACUUUAUCAACAAAGUGCCGCUGUUCAAGGCAUUGUCACCGGGUGGCACCAUCGCCAUCGUCCAGUGCAUGGAGAGUGUCGUGGCCAUGCCCAAAGACUUGAUCAUACGCGAAGGCGAGCCAGGCGAGGAGUUUUACUUUAUCAAUUCCGGAAGUGUGGAGGUGGACAUUGCGGUCAAGAAGAACAAGGUGCAGCUGGGGGUUCUGGGGGCGGGGUCAUAUUUCGGAGAGAUUUCGCUCUUGACCAACGAACCGCGGUCGGCCAACGUCCGCGCGGCGCUCUUUUGCGAGCUCGAGAUGAUCCGGAAAGACGACUUCAACGCCAUCAUCCACAGCUUUCCGCAGUUUCACAUUGCGCUCAAGAAAAUCGCCGACUCGCGGCAGCAGACGGCCAUCAAUAUGCAAAAGAUGUCGAAACUGAUGAAGAAGGACGAAAGCCCAGAGUCGUCUGGCACCCCCGGGCUCUCGGCCAUGCUGCGGUUUAUCGACCUAGCUAUGCGGCGGAAACAGCCCAACAAGGUGAGCGACGCCGACGCGGCCAAGAAGAAACCUGCGAUGCUGUUCGAUUCGGUGCUCGACGACGACUUUAUCCUCAACAUGUCGCAGGCCAAGGCCAGGAAUAUCACACGCAUGAAACGGAUCAGCGCAGAUAUGUUUUCACGGCUCGACGAUCCCGUUUAACAUGUACACACACGGCUAAUAUUAUUAAGGAACAACAUUAU